AUGCGUCGUCCCGUUUUGGUCGCGGUGUGCCUCUUCGCGCUACUCGUCGCGACAUGGCGUCUAUACUUGAAUAAUCACUGGCGCAGCAUACCGCAAAAAAUCGGAUUGGGCGAUGUUCUCGACUCACAAGGGGGAAAUGAUAUUACUACUACUAGUAGCAAUGACUCUUCUUACCACUACUACAAGCCAGAUGGGUCGCCUGCGCCGCCAUUCAAUGUUAGCGCAUUCGAGGUGGGUGUGCCCAAGAAACAGGGUUCGAAAUACUCAAAGACUUUAGUGAUCGCGCAACUGAAAGCAGAUAAUACGACGUGGACGAAGUCAGAGGAGAUGGUGCGCAGUGGCUGGGAGGUAGCGGCGUAUGUGGUCGAUGACUCUAAUGCCCCAUUGCAUCCGCCCAAAAACAAGGGCCACGAGGCGAUGGUCUAUCUGACUUAUAUCAUUGACCACUAUGACGAUUUGCCGGACAUCAUGGCGUUUAUGCAUGCGCAUCAGUUUGCAUGGCACAAUGAGGAUAUUUUCAACUUUGAUGCCUCUGAGAUGCUGCGUCGGCUGAGUCUGGAAAGGGUUGUUCGUGAGGGAUACAUGAACAUGCGCUGUUUAUGGACACCUGGCUGUCCCAAUUGGCUGCAUCCCGGUGCAAUCAAUGAGGACGGGGGGAAGAAAGAAGAGAACAUCAUAGCUGAGGCUUGGAGCGAGAUAUUCCCCGAUAUGCCUGUUCCGCAGGUCCUCUCGCAGCCGUGCUGUGCGCAAUUUGCCCUAUCCCGGGAGCGCGUGCGAGCGAUUCCACGCGAGAGAUAUGUCUAUUACCGCGAGUGGCUGCUGCACACCAAGCUGCGGGACGCCAUGUCCGGGAGAGUCUGGGAGUAUCUUUGGCAUGUGGUCUUCACAGGCCAGGAUGUAUCCUGCCCAUCACCAAACGCUUGUCUGUGCGAUGGAUUUGGAAUCUGCUUUGGCGGAGAGGACAAGGCCCGCUUCUAUUACGAAACGCUCUGGAGAAUCCGCGACGCGACCAACGAGCUCGGGCAAUGGCAGGAAAAAGCCGGGGCGCUCGACGAGGAUGCCCGCAUCACACUGAGUCUGGAUGAGAUGGCAGAUGCCGAGCCGGCUCCGGGCGACAACCACGGCAUCCUGCUCAUGGCGGAGGUCGAGGAGAAGACUGCCCAGCUGGCCAAGCUGAAGAAACAGGCCCUGGAGAAGGGCGCUGAUCCUGUGUAUCGAGCAUGGUCGGCGGGGCAUGGAGCGGCGCAAUCACGUGCUGCUAGGCAACAUGCUUUGUUCCUGCGGCAGGAAGGAAGUGGCGCAGCGCCAACGGAAGGCGCGACUAAACCGACAACCUCAGCUGCCUCUUUGCUCUUGCUACGUGAAUGCAUUGUCUUGACUGUUGACUCUGAUGUUGCACCGACACUUCCCAAUUUCCCCGGUUUCUGA